AUGAUUAUUGAUAUUUAUUUAGAAGUCUUAGACGAAUGUCAAAGGGGCAAUCUGCAUUCGAAGAAGGAAGACUUUCUUGAAAUUUUGGUUCAAGAAUUUACGGGAAAUGGAUUUAUAAAAGGCAAAAAUGUUCCUAAGGAACAAGUUCCACGUUCAGAUUCCGGGUUUACGGAGGAAGACUUUGUUCCUAAGGAACAAGUUCAGGUUCCUAAGGAAAGUGUUCCUAUGGUUGGUGUUCCUAAGGAGCAGCUUCUAAGUUCAGGUUUCGGGUUUAGGGAAGGAAGUCUUUGUUCCUAA